UGUUGAAGAAAAAAGUUGUUGAUAAGCUGAACUAGAAAACAUAGGUAUUCAGACAAGUUCGAGAGCCAAAGUAAAAUUUUGCUACAUAGUUCGAAUUGCAUUUUUACCUUACGGUUGCACGCUUGCAUGUAAGAGAAAUCAGUUUAUUUGAUUUACUACAAUUCCAAUAACCGUUUAUUUAUACCAACUAGUUUUCUCUAUAUACUGCUAUUACGCCAAAAUGAGGACAUUACUAAUAGCCAUAGGACUAUUUGUCUUUGUCGAUGCUUCCCUUGAUCCAACUUUAACAAUAUUUCAACAAAGAUACAAAUUAAGCACAGGAGUUUGCGAACCAGCGAAAGGAUUUGAAAAUAAAGUGACGCCGUGCUAUGACUUAAAAUCCAAGAAAUUGGUCAAGCCAGAAGAUUGUUCACACAAACGAAAUUCGCAUUGCUGUAUAUACAACUGUACAUGUAUCGUGAAAGGAGCUGGAACUGAUCAAGGAGAAAUUCUAAAGAAGUAUCAACUUCCAGAGCCAAAAUUGCCUGCAAAAAAGAAAGCUUUGCCCAAAACUACAUUGGAAGGAUGCAUCCCAAUUCCUCCACCUACAUCCGAACAACCAAAAAAUACACCCAAGCCUAUGAAACCAACUCCUAAAAAACCAGUGGGACCAACUCCAAAAAAGCCAGUGAGACCAACUCCUAAAAAACCAAUGAAGCCAACUCCUGAAAAACAAAUGAAGCCAACUCCUAAAAAGCCAAUGAAACCAACACCUAAGAAGCCUACAAAGCCAAAGCCAAAGAAACCCAUGAAGCCGACGCCUAAAAAGCCAGUAAAACCAACUCCUAAAAAGCCAGCAAAGCCAAUCGGUAAAAAACCGGCGAAACCAACCCCAAAGAAACCAGCUCCUAAAAAACCGAUGAAACCAACUCCUAAAAAGCCGAUUUCAGAAAAACCCGGAAACAAAAAACCAAAGAGACCAACACCAAAACCAAGAAAGCCUACGCCAAAACCAAAAAAGCCCACGCGACCAACUAAAACGCCAGCACGUACCACUAAGAAAAUGUGCACCACAACAAAGGGAUCACGGUCAGCGUUCCAAGCAAGUUUUUUCGAGCGUCUUUUGAUGUUGACUCGGGGCUUUGGUUUCGAGGGUGAGGUAGUCAAGGAAUGCUAAAUGCAUGUGAUGUCAUACACCAGCUCAUUUACUUGUUCAAAUGAUUCUGAAAUAUAAUAUUGGUCAGUUUACUUGACUUCGUUAUUCCUACACUUACAGCGAAUACUCUAUAUACGCGUGGUGCUGGUUACCUGAAUUGUUAUUUUUUGAAAUAAAAUAAAAAACACACA